UCAACAACAUGAAUAUGCAUAACCUGUUGUUUUGCGCAUGCAGAGUUCAGUUUAUCGUUUGGAUAUCGUUGGAUUUGGUUCUUGCCAUUUAGUCAGAGAUUUUUACAGGAACAGUUAUGGAGUCUGAGGUGUCUGAAUCAGCACGGCUUAAUCUGAAAGAACCAAAAUGGGACCAAAGUACGUAUCUAGGUAGGGCGUUUCACUUUUUCACUGUCACCAACCCAAUAAAUCUGCUGCUGACUACCAAACAGCUUGAUGAUGCUAAGAAUCUCCUGCAGCAGUACAGCGAGUACAAGGAGCCAGCUGGAACGACUGAAGAACAAUUAUGGACAGCAAAGUACCGAUACGACUCUGCCUUCCAUCCAGACACCAAAGAAAAGAUGGCUCUGAUUGGUCGAAUGUCUGCACAGGUCCCAAUGAACAUGACCAUCACCGGCUGUAUGUUGACAUUUUAUAGGACUACUCCAGCUGUUGUAUUUUGGCAGUGGAUUAACCAAUCUUUCAAUGCAAUCGUUAACUACACAAAUCGUAGCGGUGAUUCCCCCAUUCCUGUAAAUACCCUAACGACAUCGUAUCUAAUGGCAACUAGUGGAGCCGUUGCAACUGCCUUGAUACUGAACAGUCAAGUAAAGAAUCUUCCAAAAAUUGUUGGACGUUACGUCCCAUUUGCUGCCGUAGCUGCUGCAAACUGCAUCAAUAUACCAAUGAUGAGGCAAAGAGAAAUAAAUCUAGGGAUUCCAGUGUUUGAUAUAAAUGGUAAUAGGCUUGGAGAUUCCAAGAUAGCAGCUAAAUAUGCCAUCCUACAGGUCGUUAUAUCUCGAAUUGGCAUGGCAUUACCUGGAAUGGCUAUACCCCCUCUGCUGAUGGUAAGAUUGGAGAAAGGUUCAUUCCUCAAGCGAUUUCCAUUUAUGAAUGCACCAGUUCAAGUUGGUUUAGUUGGUUUAUGUUUGGUUUUUGCUACACCUCUAUGCUGCGCACUCUUCCCACAAAAAAGCUCUCUCUCUGUUACUAGAUUGGAACCCGGUUUACGGAAAAGGAUACGUGAUGGCAAUGAUGAAAUUGAACGUGUGUAUUUCAACAAGGGGUUGUAAUGACCACCCCUGAUCAUUACAAUAGUAUAUUAUAAAGACCAUCACUGACCAUGUGAACUUCACCAGAGUGUGUAAUGACCGCAUCCCAUAAGCAGCUAAAUUAAUGUAAUACUUCUCUGCAACUUAUUGAUAUUAGGAAAGGGAGCACAGACUUAAUUGUAACUUUCAGAAGUUUUUAAAAAAUUGAAUCUUACCUGGGCUUUGCCAGAUACGAUCAUGGUUCUUUAUCUCUGCAAGACUCGGUACAUGGUCCACGUAAUUUUUCGGUUCAGGUACCGUCCGCUUACAAACUUAAUUUAAUUUUCUAAGUUUGAUAAUUAAUUAAAAUAAUUAAAUUUUAGUAAUUAAUGUGUGAUUUUAAUUGGUAUUUAUUUUGUUGGUGCAUUUAUUUCUAGCUACAUACCGUAUAUGCUCGAAUUAACGCCACGGCGCUUAUAACAUUUUGGGAGGCUUCAGUGCGGCACUUAUUCGAGAGCGGUGCUUAUAAAAAAAAUUUGGCGUGGCGCUUUCUGUGCCCAUUCCCAUUUUAGCCAUUUCACGUAUUCCCAUAGGCAUAUCAAAGGUCCUGUCAUUGUAAAUAAAUGUUUAUAAAGAAGUGCUUGUGUCUUCAUUGUGUUUAUUUAUUAACACUUUAUACAUUGUAUUUAAAACCCUGUUUCUCAAAGUGUUGCAUUACACGCAGGAUAAUAUAAACUCUUGAUUAAGUACCACAGGGAGCGAUAAAAAUCAUGUUUGGGACGCUUAUUCAAGAGGGCGCUUAUUUGAGCACUUACGGUAAUGUGUUUAGUUGCACCUUAACAAAAAGACAUAACUAACUCAACUGGUCCAUAAUAUUUGUAUGUGUAUUGUUGUUUGUGUUUUCAUGGGGGAAUGGUGAAGGUGUUUUGUGUGUGUAAUCUUAAGGCAAACAUCAAUCAUAUAUUUCACAGUACAUGUUAUACAGUAUAUUCUUUGGUUUUUUUUCUUUGUUCUUACAAUAUCCUUAUUUGUGUGUGGUUUGUAUGUUUUGUUUUCUAUUAUUAUCUAUAUUAGUGUUGAGUGUAUUGAACACAAAUUCAUUAAUUUUCACUAAAACUGUUAUAGUAUUAAUAGGCCUAUAUUUAUCCAUAAAGUUAAUCAGUUGCCAAACUAUAUGCAAAUAUAAUUUGUAUGUAACUAUGUUGCAUAUAAUUUUCAAUAUUAUUCCAAGAUUCUAUAUUUCUUACAUGUCAUCGCAUGGCAUCCAUGUUGUUGGGCGUCUUAUACAGCUGAUAUAUUUAUUGGUUAAAUAUUAGUCCUAUACAUUAAGAUUUAACUUCAUUUUUGAACUUCAUUUUUGUUUUUAUUCAUUGCCCUGUAAAUUCUAUGGUUCCUUAUUAUAUUUAGAAGACACGUAUCUGAUACCACUGAUAUUUCUACUUGUUGCAGGAUGCCUGUGACGCAAUAAAUUGUUCAUUUUCUUCAAGACGGCCUACCUAAUUCCCUUAAGGGCUGAUCCAGCCUGUUAAGUGAGUAGGGGUUGGCAUGAAUUUGCGAGUGGAGCGAGUUUUGAUUUAGCAUGAGAAUGUCCUGAUAAGACUUAAAAGAUGUUUUUUCACAAAAAACACACCCCCUCUAAAUCCACCACUGCUAACCAUCAAUAGCAGAAACCAUUUAAACAUACUUUAUGAAAUGAACUAGGCCUCCCGUAGUGUACAGUUCGUGAUUGGAGGUCUUGAUCGUUUUUGUCUUGAUUCUUGAUAAGCCCAUGGAAACAGUUUAGGUUUGUGGGAAGGAGAGGGGUACCAGAAUGUUUGAUUUUGCAGAGACAAUUGUCAAGUUUGUGAUUUUGGUUAUAAAGCCAAAAUGAUUAUUGCAGUUAUUAUGACUAGGCAUAUUGCAGUAUUAUAACCAAAAGUUAUUAUUAUUACAAUUCCGUUGACUGAUGCAAUAUCGUUAUAAUGCUAUAAAUAAUAUGCUUAAAAAUGCAUUCUAGGUGUGAAUAUGAAGGUUAAGUUUGCAGAGCAAUAUAAGUAUAUUAUUACAGUAAUUGUGUUAUAUCGUAGUGAAGCUGUAGCCUAUAUUAGCUUGGGGAUUAAUAUACUAACCAUGGCCCAAAAAUGAUUGAUUAAAGCGUUCCAUGACUAGGCCCCGUGGGUGAACAGUGGUUCCAUACAUCCGACUCUCGACUUUAACAAAUAAAGAAUAAUGUUCAGCGGCUGUGGAAUGACAGAGCAGUUUACUAUGUUACCAUACGUACUGAGCAAUAAUAAACUCAUUCAUAGCAUACACUGCCGGUAUUUUAUACGUGACAAAAAGAAAAACAAUUAUGGAUCUCAAACAGGAAACAAAACUUUAGAAAGGAACAAAAAAUAAAAAUAAAAAAGCCCCAGAAAUAUUAGAACGAGUGACCUUUUUCCUCGUGUACCUUUUCUGUAUUUGCCAUUUGUUCCCGUGUACCAUUUCUCCCCUGUGUCUUCACUUACAGCGUGUCUCUUCUCUUGGUGUCCAUUCUUCCCCGUGUACCCAUUUGUUUGUGUUUUGUCAUUUUACACAAAGUAACGUAAACUUCUACAUCGGCCUAUGUCUCGAGUAAUUUACGAUUUCAGACGCCGUUGUAAAAGAGUGAUCAUGCAAUUAAUAAUAAUAAAAUAAUAAUU